CUCCUUUAGUUCUUUUUUAUUAUUAUUAUUGUUAUUCGUCAUCAGUAUCCUUGACAAACCAAUUACUUUUUACUCUAUCAUAUUAGAUAUUAGUAACGUGCUUAUAUAUAUAUAUAAAUAUAUACAAAAAGAAAACAAUCUUCAAUUUUAUCAAAAACAUCAAAAAAGGCUGAACAAAACUCUUUUUUUUUUCUUUUUUUUAUUCCUAUACAUAUCUUCAACAAUGUCUACUUCUAGUCUCGAUGAUUACUUGAAUAGAAAACCUGAUACUGAAGAAGGCGAAAUCAGUGAAGAUACACCAACUACUUCAACCCCUUUGGCUGGUAUAUCCAAUAACCACUCUCAACAACAAGAUAAUGGCUAUCGAUCUAAACAACAACGUCAUAGUUCCCCCGACAAAAGCGAAUCUAGACAUUACAAAAAGAGUCGACAGGAUGAUUUUGAUGAUUAUGAACAUCGGAAGUCUCGACGUCCUAAUUCCCGUGAUAGGUUAACUAGUCAACAACGCAACUCCAGCUAUUCUCGUCAAAGUAGAGAUCAUCAAGGCAAGGACUCGCAACGCCGUCAUCGCCAUUACGAAACAUCUUCUACUCGUCACUCUCGAGAUCAUUAUCGUCAACGAAGUAGUAGUAGACAUCGUUCAAGUCGUUCACCACCUUUAAAACGACAUUCUGACAGCAUUUCCAAAUCAAGUCAACAAGAACAAUCUAAUGGAAUUAGUGCAUCUUUGGAUAAUAGUAACCAAGAACCACCAACAGAAGAAGAAACCAUGAUGGAUUAUGAUCUCAAAGAUGAAGAUGAACAAAAAUUAGAGGAAGAACGCUUGAUUGAAGAACGACGAAAACGCCGGCAAGCCAUUUUGGACAAGUACAAAUCUAGCUCUACAUCGUCUCCAACAUCUUUUAGCAAUGAAUCUCCUCCAAAUACCCAACAACUGUCUUUAUCAAAUACACCGAUUCAUAUAUCCAAGCAAGCGAAUGGUAGUGAUACGGCAUCAUCUGUAAUUGGUGUUGUUAGUCCAAAAGUACAUAUGGGGAAGGGGGGCAAAGAAAAGGACAAUGACUCACAUGAUAUUGUUGUCUCUGCUGCAGAUCAGGAUUCUUCUAGUAGUUCGAUGAUUGAUGAUAGACAACAAACGCCACAACUUGAAUUAUCUCCUACAGCCAAGCAAAAUCUUUUACGGGAAAAGGAUCACCAAGAACACCUGAUAGUACAAGAUGGUAGGGAAAAUCAACAUGAUAUGAAUGCAACUGACUAUACAGAACAACUACAACAACAACCAACCACUCAGCACAAAAAAUCAACUGUUGGUGAUGAAGAAUUCGAUAUGUUUUCAACUGAUGUAGACAUUUUUGCUGAAGCCAUGGAAGCUGAAUCAUCUCCUGCUUCUGAUAUACCAAUACUCCCAUCAACGAAUACAUUUGUAGAUACAAAUCCUACUUUGAAUGAUAACUGGGAUGAUCCCGAAGGUUAUUAUAUUGUGCGUAUUGGUGAAAUCCUACAUGGUCGAUAUCAAACUAUAUCUCAUUUAGGUAAAGGUGUCUUUAGUUCUGUAGUUAAGGCAAAAGAUUUAACGUCUGGUGAAGAAGUUGCAAUCAAGAUGAUUCGGAAUAAUGAAACAAUGUAUAAAGCUGGACAAAAAGAACUUAGUUUACUGAAGAAGCUUAUGGAGGCGGAUCCUGACAACAAGAAACAUGUCAUUCGAUUAUUACGACACUUUGAACAUCGAAAUCAUUUAUGUCUGGUCUUUGAAAGUCUCAGUAUGAAUCUUCGUGAUGUUUUGAAGAAAUAUGGGAAGGAUGUUGGCAUCAGUAUCAAGGCAGUUCGGGUAUAUGCACAACAACUUUUCCUCAGUUUGUCUCUCUUAAAACGGUGUAGCCUACUUCAUGCAGAUAUCAAACCCGACAAUAUCUUAGUGACUGAAUCGAAAAAUGUGUUAAAACUUUGUGAUUUGGGAUCUGCUUCUGAUGCAAGUGACAAUGAAAUUACUCCAUACUUGGUAUCAAGAUUUUAUCGGGCACCUGAAAUUAUUUUGGGACUCCAUUAUGAUUAUGCAUUGGAUGUAUGGUCAGCAGCAUGUACUCUUUAUGAACUUUUUACUGGCAAAAUAUUAUUUCCUGGACGUAGCAACAAUCAAAUGCUGAAAUACAUGAUGGAAGUGAAAGGACGAUUUCCAAACAAGAUGCUGCGUAAAGCUCAAUUUGCUAAUCAACAUUUUGAUGAUAACUUUAUCUUUAUGUCAAUGGAACAAGAUAAACUAUCUGGAAAGAAUGUGGUCAAGAAAAUGCCUGUGGUUAAACCAUCUAAAGAUAUCAAGGCAAGAAUUAUGUCUGCUGGUUCUGCUCUCAAUCAUGGUGUGACAGAAGAAGAAGGUCGAUUGCUGCUUGCUUUUGUUGACUUUCUGGAUAAAUGUUUGGUACUUUCUCCUGAUCGACGUAUGACUGCCAAGGAAGCUUUGGUUCAUCCAUUUAUCACUGGAAAGGUAUAGUCUUUUUAUAUCAUCUUAGUUUCAAUCUUUAGCUAGCUGUUUUUUUUUUUUUUUACUAUAUAUCUUCUUGAAUAAAUAAUCAUUUCGGCAUUAUACUUGAAUAUACUUCUUUGUAUUUUUAUCAUGAUUAGGAUUAUGAAUGCCCCAUGCAAUAUACUGAUUGGAACUACUUGUUU